AUGAAUGAUUACAUUAUCCCCAUGGAAAUCGCAUUAGUCCCAAUUAUGCCCUCUGACUGUGGCACAAUCUCCGGUCUCCUAAUCUCCCUCCGUGGAGAGUGCCAGUGCCAGGGACGCAACGGCACGCUUUUGUCACGGGAAAAACGACAUGGCGCGCUACUCUUACUCUGCCCUGGAGGACGACGGGCUGGGGAGAGAUGGAGAUGGAGAGGAAGGCGGCGAGGGAGCCAGCCGCGAGACUCGGCCCUGGCGGCGAGGUCCUACCUGCGGGGCCACCAGCGCUACUCCCUGCUCGAGCACCUGAGGGACAUCGGGUCUCGCAUCGACAAGAACUGGUUCAUCAUCCGGGACUCCUCUGUGAAGACCGAUCGACUAAUGACUCUACAGCCGUAUGACGAGCAGUGCCCAGUGCCAGUCACGCCGGGCACGCGGGAGGCACUCAUGGAGCUCUUCCAGGCGCUCCACCACCCGUACAUCUACCCUGUGCUCGACGUGGACUUCGCCAACAUCUCCUCCCACACCUACGUCAUCACAGUCAUCCCGCACAACAACAAGGGAACGCUCAAGGACCUCAUCUACAAGAGUCACUGGCAGGACGACUGGGGCGAGAAGUACCAGCAGAGAUCGACGGGCCUCCCGGUCACGCAGGUGCAGCGACUGGGCCGGCAAGUCCUGGAGGCGCUCCUGUUCCUGCAGGACCGCGGCUUCCCUCCCUGCGGACACCUGCACUCCGGCAACGUCAUCCUGCAGAACGGCGUCGCCAGGUUAUCGGGGGUGGAAAAUACCCUCCUCGGCCUCACCUCGAGGAUCUACCCCAUCAUCAAGCGAAGACCGGGACAACAGGACGCGAUCGAUUCCGUGUGCUUCGGCCACGUGUUGUUCGAGAUGUGUGCUGGCUACGAGCUGUCUGCCGCCCACCCGACGCCCAAACACCUGGACGACAUUGCAGGUUAUCCUCAGGUGGUGCAAGUGCUGGAGUACAUCUUCGGCAACGGCGACCAGUACCCGAGCAUCGAGGAAAUCCUUUGCAUGGACUUCUUCAGGAAUCUGGACCUCCGGGAGAUGCGGGCAGCCCCACUACCGUCACAGUUCCAGAUUCGGUAUUCCCCGACGAUACGAAAUAUUCUGAAAGAAGUCCGAAGAUUUCAGAAACAGAGAAGCUUGCAGCGGCGAACACGGUCCCUCAGUCGCGGAGAGACGCUAGAGGGGGAUGGUUACGGAAGGAGAGACGUCAGGCGUGGGCGUCGGGGGGGCGGUACAGCCUCGGGCGGUGAAGGCGGAGGAGGAGACACGCCCACGAGCAGCGAGGCGUCGGCAGGAGGGACAGGCGGGGGCGCGGACGAGGGCGUGGCGCCCACGGGGUCCGCCUACAACACCCCGACGGCGUCGCUGGCCGCGCUCUCCUCGCCGACCUCCGACGUGACUCCUUCGCCGGAGGUAAGUUGGCCCGACCUCGCUCGCCCUUGCCGUCCCGACUCAGCCCACUUGUGCCCUCUUGAUCACGUUGCAAGUCUAAGCGAUUGGAUGGAAUAUACAGAUUUUGACAUGCAGUUUUUGAAGGGUAGAUUUCAUUAGAUUCAAAGAUUUUCAGUGUGCCUAUUUGUCCCCUUACUGAAAAAAUGCAUAUUGAAUUGUUAGAGCCCUGCAGUUAUUUACUUACUUAUCUAAGGUAAUAUGAUUUACUCAUCAACAAUUAAUAUAUAUAUAAUUGUUCCCCUCCCCCUCAUAUAGACAGCAAAUUCAUUGGAAUAAAACAUCAAAUGCACAUUCGAGCAAGUCUGUUUGUUGAUCCCUCGUCAACCUACAUGACUCCCUGGAGCACAGCCACUCACUCAAACCCGCGCGCACACACGCACAUGGACACUCACAGGGACACACGUAAACAAUGACACGCACUCAACAGAACGGCCACAUCAGCAAAGGCCUGUACACAUAAGCACAUGCAUGUAUACAGUCUCUGGAACUAACAAACAAAUAUCUACGCGCACACCACACACACACACACACACACACACACACACACACACACACACACACACACACACACACACACACACACACACACACACACACAUACACACAUACACAUACACACACCCUCCCUCUCUCCCUUCCGCAUCACACACACGUAUAUAUAAAGGCACACGAACACAUGUAAAUAACCUCCACUCCCACCUCCCCAGACAAACACACACACACAAACGCAAACACACACACACAAACACACACAAGCACGCACACGCUCGUUUCGCAAGUCUGAAGUGUCUUUCACCGCUGUAAUCACCGACAGGUCUGGAAGGACCAAGAAUCUAGUCCAAGUCUCUGUCUUGCUUGCUAAUGGUAGAGGGUAAAACGAGUAAUAUGUACACAGCAACAUAGCUUAUGUCAUCAUUACACUUAUGCAGGUAAUUUGUGAUUUAGAGUGUUUAACUUCACCUCUUAAUGUGCAGGUACACACAACUAGGGCCAGAGAAGGUCAUGCAUGUCCCUAAUCAUUUAAAAAAGCCCCUGAUAUUAUGAAUUAGAACUGAUAUCUGAUCUUCUCAAUAUCAGGAUUUGGUUUUAUAGUGGAUCAGUGACAAAUUCUUAUGUUUAUUUUUCUUAUUAUUUUUUUAAAAUCUGAUGUUUGUGCAUUUUGUUCGUGAUGAUGAUCUGUAAACCGUUUAUGUAAAUAUGUAUAUAGAG